GACAAUUGUGCGCGUAGAUAUCAACAAUUAUGUCGAAAGCUCAUGGUACCAUCGGUGGGGUUGCUGAAUGGGUCUUCCAGCGCUAAGAGGAAAAGCAGUGUAUCAUAGUAACGCGUGAGUGACAUGAGUGACUCUCGAGGGCUCCACUAAACGUAGCAUGGGAUACUUUACCACAAUUUAUAUUUUUUUAUAUUUGUUAAUUAGAGCUUGUGAAGUAUCAUCCAUUACGACAAGAAUAGACCAUCAACCCGUGCGAAACUUUCGUCGCCACACUGGACCCCCUCCUUUCACAGAUUGGGAAUUAGGGCUACGUGAAGCCGUCCAUCAGGCCCUUUUAAGGGAACAUUAUACAGACCCCACCCUUCGUGAACAGCUACUUCAAGCACCUCUACUAGGACGCCAAAACAACGCAAGUCCGUUUGGCGACAUCGCUGUUCUUGCCAGAGGCCAACUUUACAUCACAGCUGAUGGAUUCAAAUUCGUGCAAGAUUCAGAUCAAGAAGAUUGCGAUUGUCACAAUCCAAGAUGCGUUACAUCAUCACAAUGUCAAUUGUGGACGAGUCUAGGCCACCACCAUAAACUGCUUUCGUUGUGGACUGUGAAGAGAAUACGACACAGGGAUCCACAUUAUGGACACGUUUUUGAAAUAGAAUACACAAUAUCUCCAAUAACGUCUGUUAUUAGUGAAGAGUUGGUACGAAGACACGGCUAUUUCAAUUACAAUGUUCCUGGACAUAUUUUCGUGGUUAAGAGUGACCCUCGUUUGAAUUCCGCAUACUAUCUGAACGGGAAUGGUGAUAAAUGGUACAAGAACCAACAGCCUGCGGAGCAACAUCGAGAUUACAAAGAGCACGGAAGUGGGCAUUUUAAACCGGGAAUCUUGAUAGGUGUCAGUCCUGAUGGUUACAAACACGUAUUGCAUAGUUUUCCCGGAUUUUACUCAUCUUACCAUAACGAUCAGACUACAAUCGAUCCAAAAGAAUACGAAUUGUAUAAGAAAUUGAUCGAAUCGCUAGCAGCAAAAACUUCUAAUGUGCCUCAUAGAUUCUCGGUUACCUCUGAGAAAACAACGAAGCCUGGUGUUUUGACUACAACGUUUGUACCAGUUUUACAAACAACACUUGUUCAGGUGCUUGACGGGCAGUUGGUACCACUGACAGAGAGUACGUUCCAACCAACCACUACGCUUGUGAGAUUUCCAACAACUUCUCCAGCUCAAGUGACGAAGUAUUCGGAACCUGAUCAACUUUACCAUACAACGACAACAAAGGUACCAACGUUAGAACCACCCAAACCUAUUACAGUACCCAUGACAACAACAAUUCAUUAUUAUACUCCUGUUGAAGAUACAAGUAAACCAUCAACUGCCACUACACCUAAAAGAGUGAUCGCUACGACUUCCAAAAUUCCGAAAAAACCGACGACCUUGCAAGAAAUAGAUAACUUCGAUAUAUUCACAACUAAGCCUGUACGAAAAACUACCCGAAAAUCUAGUACGGUAGCUCAGAAAACUACACAUGCUGUAACUACUGAAGCAGAACAAGUUGAGCUAUUUCCUUUUAAUACUUCAACUGAACCGAUGAAACCGGUUACGGAAAGUUCGAAACAAACAAGUCCUGAUUCUGUAAGUGAACAACUGCCGCCACCAGACAACGGAACGGAUACAACGAUAGCAUACAUAUCAAGCACGGUGACUCAAGCUCCUACUUUCAAAACGGAGACGGUUGCUGCAACAACACCGAAGAAGACUAAAAUAGCGACAACUACAAAAAAAUUGAUUUCGACGUUUGCUCCAUCUGCACGUGAAGAAAUAACUACCGUUAUUGAAAAGAUUCCAUACACAGAACAGAGAACUACUGUCAUUUUACCCGUACCUUCAACACAAGAGGAACGAACAACACCCCUUGGUCGUGUCACCGAACAACCAAAAACUACCACAGUGAUCGAUAAGAUAUACACGCUGACAGCCACACCUUCCACAAUCGAAAGAAAAACUACUUCCAUUCCACAAACAACUACCUUUGUAGGUGUACCUUCUAUUCCCGGUACAACUAUUUUUGAUAGAGGUACCACACAAAUUUUCACGAUUUCAGAAGAAACUAUACCUUCAACUAUUGCUAAUCCAACAACUCAAACAACUACGAUUUAUACAAAACCAACCACACUGUUUGAAUAUAAUUUUGAUUCGAUAACUAGAACUACUACCGGAAAUUCUGGUAGUACCACCAAUACGUUACCCUCAACAACAAAUCAUUUUCCAAGCACAGAAACAAUAAAGUAUACGAUUCCUACUACCACCACACACUACUAUUACACUUUUGAAACCGAUGUACCAAAAUCAACGGUCACAACAGAAAGUACUACAUUAGCAUCGACUACGAAUAACAAGUCUACUUAUCAAGACGAAGAAAGCACGAUUUCAACACAAGGAAUAACUUCAAGAACCACAAAAAAGCAAAAAAUAUCCUCUACAACAACCAGCGACUUCUUGGUAGAUUCUGAAAUAAAUACGCACAUAAAUGCAGUAUUAGACACGAGAAAAGAUUUUAAUGAAGACGAUAUUUUUGGUGAAGUACCAACUAAAGCAACUACAACACUUCCAGAAACAACUACAAAACGCGCAUUUCAGUCUGAUUUAGAUAGGGCUCUAUUUGGUGGUAGACGAUCGAAACAGAUUAAACUUAGUUCAAAAAUAACAAGAAGACCACCAACAGCAAACACCACCAAAAUAAUUUACUCAAAUUUUUACGUGCCGUCGAUACAAACUUCGCUUACCAGGAACGGUUUAAUUGAAACUACGACUGGUUUCGAAGGUACUACAGAAUUUAGGCCUUCAACAGAUCAAAGUUACAGUACGUCAAUCAGUUUUGAGGUAAAUAAAAGGAAGAGCACUAAAUCUACGAAUGCCUUAGAAUCAACAACUAAAGCCAGUUUAGUUCGAAGUAAUAGAAAACCUAAAUUUUAUAAAGCACAACUACCGCGAAACACGGAAGUUGGGAAAAUUACAACGGAGAGGAGUAAAAGUCAAACAAAGAAAGUUUUUGAUGAUGCUGCCCAACAACUGGUAAAUCAUGCAAAAACAAUUGAUUAUUUGCAUAAAAAAACAUCUAGACAACCCAAAUACAGACGACGAAGUUUUACAACCCAAAGAAGUCUGAGGAGAAGUAGCGUCCACGAGAAUAACAACUCAAAAAAAGUAGAUACAUAGAUUUUAGUUUUUAAAAACGGUAUAGUAAGAAACGUGUCCCAGUUUUUUCGUCCUUAAUUUACUUUGAGCGGAAUAUAUCAUUAAAAAAAAUUAAGCGAAUAAUGUUGAUGUGAUUAAAAUAAUUUGUAAGUUAUGUUUGGGCAUGAACUAAAUUCAGAACAUAUAUUUAAUAUUUAAACUUAUUUCUAACUAAGUUAUUUACUCAAUGUGGUAUAUAGAUACCAUUUCACAUUAAAAAAAAAGACUAGCUUACAGAUUAUCUAAAUCACAUUUGAUCAAGCAAUUAUGAUAUCAUGCUCAUCGUAAAUGUGUAU